UGUACAGGUGUGCCCCAGGUGUAUUCACAUGGCCACAGGUGCAUUUCAGGUGAGCAGGCGACACCUGAGGACCGACAUUCGGGGCACACCUGGGCUCAGGCAGGUUUCUGGGGGGCCCUUCCUUGUCCCACGGCCAGGCGGGACUGAAGGAGUCCCUGCCCCGGCCGCGGCUCACCUGGCUCAGGUGACUCUCCCGUCCCGCAGCGACGUGCUGGCCCUGCCCAUCUUCAAGCAGGAGGAGUCCAGCCUGCCGCCCGAGAGCCAGGACAAGCUGCUGCCCUUCCAGUACGUGCUGUGCGCCGCCACCUCCCCCGCCGUCAAGCUGCACGACGAGACCCUCACCUACCUGAACCAAGGUCAAUCCUACGAGAUCCGGAUGUUGGACAACAGGAAACUGGGGGAGCUGCCCGAGAUCAACGGGAAGCUGGUCAAGAGCAUCUUCCGGGUGGUUUUCCAUGACCGGCGGCUGCAGUACACGGAGCACCAGCAGCUGGAGGGCUGGAGGUGGAACAGACCCGGGGACAGGAUCCUGGACAUAGGUGAGGCGCAGGUGAUCCCAGGUGCUGCUCCUGGCUCUGCUCCGGGCUGUGCCCAUCGCACAGGUGUGCUCUGGGGGCCCCGCCCAGGCUGGCGGUGGCGCCCCAAGGCCGCUCACCUGUGGCAGGUGCACUGCAUCAGCACGGAGUUCACGCUGCGCAAGCACGGCGGCGAGAAGGGCGUGCCCUUCCGCGUGCAGAUCGACACCUUCAGGGAGAACGAGAGCGGCGAGUACACGGAGCACCUGCACUCCGCCAGCUGCCAGAUCAAGGUGUUCAAGCCCAAAGGAGCCGACCGGAAGCAGAAGACGGAUCGGGAGAAGAUGGAGAAGCGAACGCCGCACGAGAAGGAGAAGUACCAGCCCUCCUACGAGACCACCAUCCUCACUGAGUGCUCGCCCUGGCCCGAGGUCACCUACGUGCCCAGCGCGCCCUCGCCCGGCUUCAACAGCGCCCACAGCAGCUUCUCCCUGGGGGACGGCAGUGGGUCCCCGAGCCACCAGCCCGACCCCCCCGCGCCCCUGGCUGAUACGCUGCUGCCCACCUGGAGCCCGCAGGAGGCGCAGCAGUGGCUGCACCGCAACCGCUUCUCCACCUUCUCACGGCUCUUCAGGAACUUCUCAGGUGAGUUCUGCCCCUCACCUGCCCAGGUCACCUCACCUGGGCAGGUCACCUCACCUGAGCCAGGUCACUUCACCUGGCCAGGUCAACUCACCCCACCUGGGCCAGGUCACCUCCCCUCACCUGAGCCAGGUCACCUCACCUCCCCUCACCUGAGCCAGGUCACCUCCCCUCACCUGGGCCAGGUCAUCUCACCUGGCCAGGUCACCUCACCUUGUGUGCCCUCACCUGUGUGCCCUCACCUGUGUGCCCUCACCUGUGUGCCCUCACCUGUCAGGAUGGUGCGGCCCCGCCUGACCAUCUACGUGUGCCAGGAGUCGCAGCAGGUGAGGGACCCUCAGCACGAGCACGAGGACGGCGACGGCAGCGCCGGAACCUUCUUUGUGUACCACGCCGUGUACCUGGAGCAGCUGACGGCGGCCGAGCUCUGCGCCAAGCUGGCGCUGCUGUUCCGCGUCCCCGCCCAGCACAUCCUGCAGAUCUACAAACAGGGACCCACCGGCAUCCACGUGCUGGUCAGCGACGAGAUGAUCCAGAACUUCCAGGACGAGUCCUGCUUCGUCCUGGACACCAUGAAAGCCGAAAGCAGCGACAGCUACCACAUCAUCCUGAAAUAGGGGCCAGGUGACCCCUGGCAUGGACAGGACCCUCCAUUGCUGCAGCUCCGAGGCACCAGGUGUUGCCUCCAGGUGUGUGCAGGUGUGAAGCGAUCUCGUGAGGUCAUCAAGAAUUCCAGAUCCAGAUUUAAUUAUGGAAAAUCGGAGGAAAAAGGAAUAACUUGGGGGUGGG